AUGGACAAGUCCGAGAAAGACAAGGACGAGAUCUAUAGAUUAGCAGGCUCCCCUCCACUUAUCACGAUUCUCAAGCUUAUGAUCGGUCCUCUUUGCAGCCAAAUUACAAGCGCAAUGUAUGGCAUCAUCAACUCAAUUUGGAUUUCGAAAUAUCUCGGCGACAUCGGUAUGGCAGCUGUUGCCACUGAUAUUGCAUGGGAAGGUAUUGCAAGAGGCUUCGGACUUUUCUUGCUUUGCGCAGGAUCUACACAGAUUUCAGCCCUUUUUGGAAAAGGACAAUUUGUUGAAGCCGAACAAGUUAUAUGCGAUAUUCUUAGAACAGCUUUAAUUUGCGGUAUGAUUGUUCCUUGCAUACUAUUACCUAUAAAUAAACCAUGCUCGAAGUGGUAUGGAGCUAAUAAAGAAACAAUUGAAUCAGCAUUUCAAUACAUUUUACCACAAUGUGCAGGAAAUUGCUUUACAUGCAUUUUCCUUGGCUGCUGUGGCUUCCUUCAAGCAGAAGGAAGAACUUUACUUGUCGGAAUUAUUGAUCUUGUUUCUCUUGGCGUAGGUAUGGGUGUUUUGAAUCCAUUAUUCUUAGGAACAUUCAAAUUCGGUGUUCGUGGACCUUCAAUCAGUACAAUCAUUGCUGAUGGAGUCCCAGGAGUUACAUUAACAAUUUUAUACUUCUGCGGUGUCUUCAGCGUUAAGCCAAAACUCUCAGGUCUCUUGAAGCCAUUCUCCGGACACACAUACAAAGCUCUUGUCGUAGGAAGUUCACAGUUGAUGUCCCAAAUUUCAAUCAAUUUACCAGGUAUCAUUGUUCGUAAACUCAUUGGUCAGUCGGUUUCUUCACCAGCGGAAUACGAUUUAGCCAUGGGUGGCUUCAAUGUCCUUUGCAGAUUCAAUGCUUUUACAAAUUGUAUCAUUUUGGCUCUUUGUUCUGGAUAUUUACCACCUGCAUCGUAUGCAUUUGCAGCACAGAAGAUCAAACGCUAUGUUCGUCUUACUAUUCACCUUAAUUGGAUUUCAUUUGUUUGGUGUGCCUUUACAAUGACUCUAUCAAUGUCAAUACCUGAUCAGAUCUCAUCAUUAUUUGGAUCUGGUGAAGGAUAUCUUAAAUUUGCCCGAGAAAUGCUUAUUUUCUCAAAUGUUUGCACUUUUAUUUUGUUUACAAGACUUACUUUCCAAUCCAUUCUUCAAGCACAGCAGAAUGGUAUAAGAGCCAUGAUUAUUUCCCUUGUUUCCAACUUCGCAGCCAUUAUUUUAUUCUCAUAUGUUUUAUAUUUGACCAAUAAGCAGAAUGCAUCAAGAUUGAUGUAUGUUUAUCCAAUAUCAUACGCUAUUGGCUUCAUUCUUGGUAUUUUCAUGCUUAUUCAACCAUUUAAGCAACUUAAGCUCAUUGCUCAGUUCACAGAGUCACAGAAGACACCUGACAAUGAAGAAGCUGAAGAAGAAGAGACAUAUGACAGUGUUGAAGGCGAUGACCUCGCCGAAAUUUAA